GCAAUAUCUCUUAGCUUUCCGUCCAGUAUCUGCUGAGCGUGAGAGCUCAGAGUCAGUGACAACGUAGAAGGUCGCCAAGACAGGCACGUUCUAUUUCCGUUGGACCAGGUCAUCGGGUAGACUGCAGAUCUCAUAUGCUAGAGAAUGGAUUGUCUUCUGCUUCCUCCGGUGAAUAGCGGGAUGCGGAGACGAAUAAGAUUGGUCGGACGACUAACGGGACUGCUCCUCUUCGCCUGUCAGAGUAAUAAUCUUGCUCUUUACACGGUGUACAUUCUGACUAUAAAGUGUGAGGUCAGACGCCACGAACGAUUAUGUACAAAUUGAGGACCGAGGCGACGAACGCAACGUAAUGUCCUAGUGAUUCAAGUCAGUCACGAGGCAACGUCCUCAUUGUCACGGAGGCUCCUCAGAGGACGCCAUAUUACCCCAUCGCGGUGGCUUUCAACUAGUCACAACCUUCUCAAGACCCAGAACUUUAAUGUUGCAAAUCUGCUGUCUAUGGAUCCCUCCAGAACUGGUCACCCGGUAACAUCGUUGAACCGGUGCUCUGUGCCUCUCUUUUGGACAGUAUAUAAUGCAAUUCCAGGCUCAUUGGAUCCUCUUUCAUCUCUUGGAACUGAUGCAGUAAUGCUCUUCGCCGCUCUCGUCAUAUUGUCACAACUGCCCUCGCUGCUCGCCCUUGCCAUUGUACAAGAUGACAAGAGGGCUUACGCGGGAUUACAACCUAUCUUUACUGACUGCUCCGGUGGGACAAGUACCUUUCAAACUCGUGGGGGCUAUUAUACACCCGAGCUGCCCGCAUCAGGCUCCACCGUCACCUUCUACAACGCAGGGAUCCUGGAGUAUGCAAUUCCGCUUGGUUCAACUCAUUCUGGUACCUUGACUUUCAAUGGGAAUGUCGUAUACACUACCAAGACGAAAAAUCUCUGCAAUAAUCAAUCUGGUGCCAAGGCAGGCACUGGCCUAAUAGCUUGUCCCGUGGCAGGUGAUCAGUACUACUUUUUCGAGCUGGCCUAUCCUAUUCUGAACGAAGGUGGCGGCAUGUAUACGUUUAGAGAUGAAGCGUAUACGCCGUCCAAGCAACAGAUCUGGUGUCUAGAGUACACAGUCUAUAUGAAACCCAGCGACUCUGGGUAGGAAUACAAGUCCUCAUGAACGCUUUGCUUUCUCUACGAUUGCGGAAAGGGUCUGACAGAACUCCUCCUCAGUUAAUCGAUUGUGCAACCAAAUCUAUGCAGUUACUUGACUCUCAUGUAGAAUGGAUGUUUUCUUACAGGCAUUCAGGCGUCUUGUACUCUCAUACUCGUGCACUUUUUCCUACGCUGCUUCCGCCUCGGACGACGCUUCAUGGGACGAUCUUUACGCGUGUCACACAUUGGCGG